AUGAGCAGCUGCGGAGGAAUGAGCCGCGAUUCCACUGACAACAGACUGAAAUUUGUUAAGCGACCGGACGAGAUCACAGAUUUCCGAUGCCGCUCGAAGCUGAAAGUUUACACGCGUUUCUACGUGGGGAGAAUCCGGACCGAGACCCCGGCGCGGCGGCCGCUGAAUGUCCACUGGUCUUUGGCUGUUGGAGGACCCAGGGUGGAAAAGGAUCUCAGGCUCAGACCAGACCCGGUUAGGUCGGCUUGGAUCGUGAGUGUCGGAGAUGAUGACCCAAACGUUUACAGAGUGGAAAUGUCCUGUGGACACGCUGUGGAUCCCAUUUCACUCACGGAAUGGUGUCGGAUCCGUAUCAGCGAGGGUCAUUUCAAGUUCCACUGCCCUGCAGUAAUAGAUGACACAGAUGAAGGCUGUGGAAAGGAAUGGUCCUACGUGGAGGUGUGCAGACACGCAUUGUUCUCUGUUGAGGAACGGCAGUUUUUUGAAGAGAAACUUGCCACUCUCGCCGCUUCAAGUUACUGUGAAUACAAACAGUGUCCUAGGUGUGGGAGUAAUGUGGAACGGAAAGAUGAGACAAACACGUCAGUGACUUGUUCAGUCUGCACAGCCAACGAUGGAACCCCAUUUGAAUUUUGCUGGCAAUGUAUGAAGAAGUGGAAAGGCCCAGCUCCACGCUCUGAUAAAUGUGAUAAUGAAGGAUGCAUUAAUAUCCAGCUGGAAACCUUGAAAAAUUGUGACACAAAAACUUUACCUUACAGCAAUAUUCAAGAUUGUCCUAAAAUCCGUGCUUGUCCCACUUGUGGUUUGCUUAUAGAACAUCAAGAUAUGUGCAAAUAUGUCGUGUGCGUCAGAUGCCAAGUAGAAUUUUGCUUUGCCUGUCUUAACACAAUGGCAAUUUGCAGUGAAUCAUCUGAAAAUGGUGUUGACAAAGUGCUGAAGCUUUGUAAUCAUGCCUAA